UGGUGACCCUCGGGGCUCCGGGGCUACGCGGGGGCUGCCCGGCUCCGCCCUCCGAGCGGCUGUAAGUAGGCCCGAGCGCUGUGCUGCGCGCCGGGCUGCAGGGAGCCCCUUUGGGCUCAUCCCGUCUCCUGCCUUCGCGCCUCCGCCUCAUCUCCCUUCAAGCUUUGGCAGGACCUCUCUCUCCUCUGCUUUCUUCCGAGGUCCCCACUGACUUGUCACUCUGGUCAGUUUUCAUUGCCCUUUGGGAAUUUCCAUGCUUCACCAUGUUGAGAGCUAAGAAUCAGCUUUUUCCUUUCUCACUCCAUUACCUGAAGCAGCUAAAAGAUUCAUCAGCCUCCAGGUUCACAUGGCAACGGCUUCUACAUCAGCAGCAACCCCUUCACCCAGAAUGGGCUGUGCUGGCCAAAAAACAGCUGAAAGGCAAAAACCCAGAAGACUUAAUAUGGCACACCCCAGAAGGGAUCUCUAUAAAGCCCUUGUAUUCCAAGGCAGAUACAAAGGACUUACCUGAGGAACUUCCAGGAGUGAAGCCAUUCACACGCGGACCGUAUCCCACCAUGUAUACUUACAGACCCUGGACCAUCCGCCAGUAUGCAGGCUUUAGUACUGUGGAAGAAAGCAAUAAAUUCUAUAAGGACAAUAUUAAGGCUGGUCAGCAGGGGUUGUCCGUCGCCUUUGAUUUGGCUACACAUCGUGGCUAUGACUCAGACAACCCUCGAGUUCGUGGUGAUGUUGGAAUGGCGGGAGUUGCCAUCGACACUGUGGAAGACACCAAAAUUCUAUUUGAUGGGAUUCCUUUAGAAAAAAUGUCAGUUUCUAUGACAAUGAAUGGAGCAGUUAUUCCAGUGCUUGCAAAUUUUAUAGUAACUGGGGAAGAGCAAGGUGUGCCCAAAGAGAAGCUUACUGGCACUAUUCAAAAUGAUAUAUUAAAGGAAUUUAUGGUCAGAAAUACUUACAUUUUUCCUCCAGAACCAUCCAUGAAAAUUAUUGCUGAUAUCUUCCAGUAUACAGCACAGCACAUGCCAAAAUUUAAUUCCAUUUCGAUCAGCGGGUACCACAUGCAGGAGGCAGGAGCUGACGCCAUUCUGGAGCUGGCCUACACCAUUGCAGAUGGGUUGGAGUACUGCAGAACUGGACUUCAAGCUGGCCUAACAAUUGAUGAAUUUGCACCAAGGUUGUCAUUCUUUUGGGGGAUUGGGAUGAACUUCUAUAUGGAGAUAGCAAAGAUGCGAGCUGGGAGAAGACUGUGGGCUCACUUAAUAGAAAAAAUGUUUCAGCCCAAAAACUCCAAGUCUCUUCUUCUAAGAGCACACUGCCAGACAUCAGGAUGGUCCCUCACUGAGCAGGAUCCUUACAACAACAUCGUCCGUACUGCAAUAGAAGCAAUGGCAGCCGUGUUUGGAGGGACUCAAUCUUUGCACACAAAUUCUUUUGAUGAGGCUUUAGGCUUGCCAACUGUAAAAAGUGCUCGGAUUGCCCGAAACACACAAAUCAUCAUUCAGGAAGAAUCUGGGAUCCCCAAAGUGGCUGAUCCUUGGGGAGGGUCCUAUAUGAUGGAAUCUCUCACAAAUGAUGUGUAUGAAGCCGCUCUCAAGCUCAUAAAUGAAGUUGAAGAAAUGGGUGGAAUGGCCAAGGCUGUGGCUGAGGGGAUUCCUAAACUUCGAAUUGAAGAAUGUGCUGCCCGGAGACAAGCUAGAAUUGAUUCUGGCUCUGAAGUAAUUGUUGGCGUAAAUAAGUACCAGUUGGAGAAAGAAGAGUCUGUGGAAGUUCUGGCAAUCGAUAAUACCUCAGUGCGUAAGAAGCAAAUUGAAAAACUUAAGAAGAUCAAAUCCAGCAGGGAUCAAGCUUUGGCGGAGCAGUCUCUCGCUGCACUCACCCAGUGCGCUGCCAGCAACGAUGGCAAUAUUUUGGCUCUUGCAGUGGAUGCAGCUCGUGCAAGAUGUACAGUUGGAGAAAUCACAGAUGCCAUGAAGAAGGUAUUUGGUGAACACAAAGCUAACGAUCGCAUGGUGAGUGGAGCGUAUCGCCAGGAAUUUGGAGAAAGUCAAGAGAUAACUUCUGCUAUCGAGAGAGUUAAUAAAUUCAUGGACCGUGAAGGUCGGAGACCUCGUCUUCUUGUGGCAAAAAUGGGACAAGAUGGCCAUGACAGAGGGGCCAAAGUUAUUGCUACAGGAUUUGCUGACCUUGGUUUUGAUGUGGACAUAGGCCCUCUCUUUCAGACUCCCCGUGAAGUGGCCCAGCAGGCCGUGGAUGCAGAUGUGCAUGCUGUGGGUGUGAGCACACUUGCUGCUGGUCACAAAACCCUUGUUCCUGAGCUUAUCAAAGAACUUACUGCCCUGGGACGGCCAGAUAUCCUUGUCAUGUGUGGGGGAGUGAUACCACCACAGGAUUAUGAAUUUCUAUAUGAAGUUGGUGUUUCCAAUGUAUUUGGUCCUGGAACUCGAAUUCCCAAGGCUGCCAUUCAAGUGCUCCAGGAUAUUGAGAAGUGUUUGGCAAAGAAGCAGCAGUCUAUGUAACAUCUGAAUUUUGUUUAGUCCUUUCUGAAAAUCUUCUUUUAGUUAUGACCAAAGAAGACAGUAAAGCUGUGUCUUCAGUUUAAUUCCAGCACUUGCUAAUCUGUUUUCCUUGAAAGCCGCACAUUAAAAUAUCUGGAGUGUAGUCAUGCUAAGAAGUAUAUAUAUACAGAUUGACUUUAAAAAUAAAAAUCUUUGAAAAUUA